AUGUUAUUUUUUCGAUCUUGUACAAGAUUCGGUUUCUAUCAAAUAAUAAAAAGAAAUAUUGAGAUUGACUCGUUAAUCAGAAAUAAUCGUUUUAAUAGAAAAUUUCACGUUUCAUCUCGCAUAAUGUCUGAAGAACGACGAUUGAAGCAAAUUAAAUCAGAAAGAGAAAACGCUUUCAUCCUACCUACGACACCCGUUACGGAAACACGAUUCAAACCUUUUCCUAAAACCUCCGCUUGUCUUAUUAUUGGUGACGAAAUUCUUAACGGGAAAACGGUCGAUACAAAUUCCGCUUCUUUUGCGAAAUUUUGUUAUGAACAUGGAAUUGAUUUAAAGAGAAUUGAAGUCAUACCGGAUGAGGAAGAUACGAUUAUUGAAGCUGUAAGACGACUUAGUAACGAUUUUGAUUUUGUUGUUACUAGUGGAGGAAUAGGGCCAACGCAUGAUGAUAUAACGUACCCUUCGAUCGCUAAAGCAUUUAAUCUUUCUUUAACCCUUCAUCAACAAACGCUCGAUCGUAUGAAAGACUUCACAAACAACACACCUUCGAUAAAGGUCAUGAUGUCGGAACAAAGUCAGGAGGUGGCUAAUGCAAGUCAACGAAUGGCAUUAUUUCCUGAUCCAUCCGCCAUUAUAUACCCAAACAAAAAACUUUGGGUCCCGAUAGUGAUAGUUAAUGACAAUAUUCAUAUAUUACCCGGUAUUCCUCAACUAUUCAAUGGGUUAUUAUUCGCGUUUAGUAAUUACUUAAAAGCGAGGCAAACCGAUAAAGAUGGUGAAAGAUUUUACAGAAAAUUUAUUAAAACCUAUCGUCCUGAAAGUUUUAUCGCCCCCGUAUUAACUGAAACGCACGAAAAAGUUAAGGAUUUGGGAAUUAAAAUUGGUAGUUACCCUAAAUGGUCUGAUGAUAAAAGAUGGGUAGUGGUUAGUCUCCUCGCUAGAGAAAAUAUCAAAGAUAAAUUAGAAGACUUGUGCAUAGAAAUUGCUAAAAGAAUUGAUGGAUUUAUGAUUGAUGAUCCCGAGGAUGCAACAGUUAGAAAAAUUGGUGCACAAGUUAAAGAUAAUAAGCUUUAA